CGUUUUAAGAAGUGAGAGAGCCAGACAGGGCGCCGUGCGCUCGGCAGGCGAGCCAGAGGGAAACAGCGGGUGGCGGGCGCGCGCGGCGCAGCCCCGAAAGGGAAAAGCGAGAGGCGAGGAGAGAGCGACGGCGAGCAGGAAGGCGGCUGGGCAGCCCGUGUCGAGGGCACUCCCCAGCCCGCCGCUCUCAGUACCCGCCGUGCCCUCGCGCCGCCGCCACCUGCUGGUCUCAUGUUGCACACCUGUUGAAUCGUUUCUGCUCCCGCGCCCUUCUUACAGCCUCUAUCAGCUUGCACCGGGCGGCUGCAGCAGCACCGCGCCUCGCCCGCCGCCGUGCAGCAGCUGUUUCGCGAGUGACCGAGGAACGCCGUGGCAUGGUCGAUGCGAACCUCGGAGUGCAGAGGAUGCCGAGUGCAAAGUGCGAGGAGCUCCUCUUGCUUGUGUGUGCCUACGUGUGCCUGCGUGUGCCGUCGGGAAGCGUAGCAUGAGCUUGUCGUCGGUUCCUACGACCCGGGGAGAGUGUGUAGUGUGCGCCGCGACUCGUUCUUCCGCGGGCGCCUGCGGGAAAUGUGUUUGUGAGUGCAGUGGGUGACCUUUGAGCGAAAUCUCAAGAAGAUGAGUGUACUUGGCGUGGCGGCAUUGCAUUGGGAAGUUCAUAUAUUUCACAGGUCUUUCGUGAAGAAGUUGACUGUGGGCGUGAUCAGAUAACGGCCAGAGCGAGAUGGAAACGCGGAGCCAACCGAGCCGCGGCCGGCGCUGGUGAGCGUGGCGCUGCAUGUGGAUGUGCUUGUGGUGGUGGCUGGCGGCUAUGGGCACAGGACCCUCGCUCAAUACCGUGGGCAGCCCGCGGCGCCACUGCCAACGUGCCCCGAGUGUGCACAGCAUGGAGGAGGGCGGCCGGGGCCCCGUCUGGCGCACCUGGUGCGGUUGCCUGCGCUCCCGAGCGGCCGCGCGAACACCCACCCGCCAGUACCAGGCGCUGGACCGAGGCCGCGACUCCCCGUGCGCCGCCUCGGCCUCCGCCAGCCUCAACCUGCGCUCCGUGGUGGCCAACCUCAGUCCGCUCCCCACCUCCUGCACCUCGGCCACCUCCACCACCACCUCCACCACACUGACUGAACCUUUACUGGCCUCGCGAGAACUCACGCCCGCCAUCCUCCCGAGGGACAGUGUUAGGGCCCUGGCCUCGCAGGACUCGGGCUCCUGCUCCUCGGUCAUGACCUCUGGCGGAAGCGCGGCCUUAGACCACCUUCUGCCCACCAGGGACGCCUCGCCCGACGCUGACACCAUGGGCGCCGCCCUCUCCGCCUCGUCUCUGCCUGGCGCCCAGGACUCCAGACCCCCGUCGGGUGCCCAGGACGCCGCCUCCGCCCCGGUGGCCACCAAAGUCCGAAUCACGACCCGCGAGAUUCGGCCGACGGUGCUGUCGGUGGCGGGGGCGCUGGGGCGGCAACCCGUGACGAGGGUCCGGGUGACCACGCGAAGGGGCAGCAUCUCGAAGAAGCAUGUCGCCGAUGGGGCCCCCGAGCUCACGGUGACCACCCGCAGGGACAGCAUCUCCAAGCAAGGCAUCGACGCUGCCCCUGAGCUCACAGUGACCACGCGGAGGGGCAGCCUCUCCAGGCCCUCCCUUGACGCGACCCCCGAGCUCACGGUGACCACGCGGAGGGGCAGCCUCUCCAGGCCCUCCCUUGACGCGACCCCCGAGCUCACGGUGACCACGCGGAGGGGCAGCCUCUCCAGGCCCUCCCUUGACGCGACCCCCGAGCUCACGGUGACCACGCGUAGGGGCAGCCUCUCCAAGAAGCAUGUCACCGCCGACGGGGCACCCGAGCUGACGGUGACCACGCGGAGGGGCAGCCUCUCCUUGCAGACCCUCGACGCGGCCCCCGAGCUGACGGUGACCACGCGGAGGGGCAGCACCUCCGUGCAGGGCAUCGAAGGGGGGCCGGGGGUGCUGGUGACCACGCGGAGGGGCAGCGCCUCCGUGCAGGGCAUCGAAGGGGGGCCGGGGGUGCUGGUGACCACGCGCAGAGGCAGCGUCUCCAAGCAUGGCGUCGAAUUGCCCCCCGAGGUGACCGUGACCGCACGCAGAGGCAGCUUCUCGCAGGAACGGAUCAUCGAAGUCGGCCCUGACCUGACGGUGACCACGAGGAGGGCCAGUCUGUCGCAGGAGCAGAUCUUCGAGAUGGUCCCUGACCUAACGGGGACCACGCGGAAGGGUACUCUGCAACCUGAGCAGGUCCUGGAGGUGGUCCCCGAUUCGACGGCGUCCUCGCGGAGGGGCAGCCUGGCCCAGGAGCAGGCCCCCGACGGCGUCCCCGAGUUCCUGGUGGCCAACCGCAGGGGCAGCCUCUCCAGGAUCUCUGCGUCUCAGCUGGACGUGGCCGGCGAGCUGAGGGUGACCAAGGUGGUCAUCCCCGGCAAGGAUUCGCGGGAUCUCACACGGUGCGGUCAUGGCGGCGUGGUGGGCGGGGUGGGCGGCGCGGGCGGCGGCAGCGUAACGGGGAGCGGGUGGCGCGCCGCCCCGAAGUCUGGGGGCGCCGCUUCCGGACCCGGGUCGCCGCCUGCGAUGUCCAAAGGCCGCUCGCGGGUUUCAUCCACAGCGGCCUCCUCCACUGCCUCCACCCUCUCCACCGCCACCACGACGACGCUCUCCACCAACGCCCCUCCCUCCAUGAACGGUGAGCGGCGCGCGGGCGUCGAGGUGGUCGCGCCCUCCAACCGGCGGGGCCCCGUGCGCACCUCCAACACCUUCACCUCCAGCAUCAAGGGCCUCUUGCAGCAGCGCGAGGACCACGGCGGCGGCGGCGUCCUGUCGUCCAUCCGCCGCUCCCUGCCGCAGCGCCAGCGCUCCGCCUCGUCGCACGGCGAGGGGCGGCCCGGCCAGGAGGAGGGCGGGGUGGGCCGCCGCUCCCUGCCCCCCCUCCGCAUGGCCGGGGGCCCGUCGCCGCGCGGCCGCCGCACCGGCAUGUCGAACAAGCGGCGGCCGGCGAUCCCCGAGGAGGACAAGGAGGCGCUGAACGGCGAGGAGGCGGCCCCUCCGCCCCCGCCCGCGAGCGGCGUGGGCGUGCGCCGCCAUUCGCCGCGGCCGAGGCGCGCCCACAGCGUGCAGGAGGAGCGGCAGUCGCCUGCGCGCGACCGCGUGCCCAAGCAGAACAGUGCUGAAGAGGCGGCACUGGACGCGACGGAGCCGUCGCCGGUGCAGCCGCCGGGGGACGACGCGCGCCUCGAGGAGGACGCGUCGCUGCCCAAGGACGGCGAGGAGAGAACCCGAGAGGCGGGGACGCUCACGGAAAAAGAGAAAGUGGAGUGUGAAAGAGACGAGAAAGACAAGGACGAGCGCGAGGAAGACGAGCGCCGCCAUGUGGUCGAGGAGGAGGACGCCGAGGAGGCCGUGGACGCGUCUACCGACAGCCGCUUCCUCAAGUUCGACCACGAGAUCGGCCGCGGCUCCUUCAAGACGGUCUACCGGGGCCUCGACACCGACACUGGCGUCGACGUCGCCUGGUGCGAGUUGUUGGAGCGGAAAUGGAACAAGAACGAGCGGCAGCGGUUCCGAGAGGAAGCCGAGAUGCUCAAGGGUCUCCAGCAUCCCAACAUUGUGCGCUUCUAUGAUUACUGGGAAGUGCCCAGCCCAAAGCGGAGAUGCAUCGUCCUCGUGACGGAACUCAUGACGUCCGGGACACUCAAACAGUAUCUGCGUCGACUACGCAAAGUAAACCUGAAGGUGCUAAAGAGCUGGUGCCGGCAGAUUCUAAAAGGUCUCCAAUUCCUUCACUCUCGUUCCCCUCCUAUCAUUCACCGAGAUCUCAAGUGUGACAACAUCUUCGUCACUGGAACUACCGGAUCUGUCAAGAUAGGAGAUUUGGGGCUUGCUACUUUGAAGAACAGAUCCUGUGCCAAAUCUGUUAUUGGUACUCCGGAGUUCAUGGCACCUGAAGUGUAUGAGGAGCACUACGAUGAGAUGGUGGAUGUGUAUGCUUUUGGCAUGUGCAUGAUGGAGAUGGCCACAUUGGAGUACCCCUACAAUGAAUGCUCCGGACCUGCCCAGAUCUACAAGAAAGUGACAACUGGUGUACGGCCACAAAGCUUCUUCAAGAUUGAGGAUGAAGAUGUGAAAUAUAUCAUAGAUUGGUGCACAAGAUUACACAAUGAGGAGAGACCAACUGUGAAAGAUCUUUUAAACCAUGAAUUCUUCCAAGAGGACACAGGCAUCAAAGUUGACCUGUGCAAUAAAGAAGAAGCUGUUGCCUCCGAUUCAGGAAAAGUUGUGCUUAGGUUACGAGUAGUUGAUGCAAAGAAGAGAAAAGACAAACAUAAAGAAAAUGAAGCUAUUCAGUUUGACUUUGACAUAAAUAAUGAUAACCCAGACAAGAUUGCUGAAGGCAUGGUUAAGAUGGGGAUGAUAUUAGAGGAAGACGAGAGGUCUGUGUCCAAGAUGAUCCAGACACAAAUCCAGAACAUCACUCGGGAGCGCGAGGAGAGGCGCAAGAAGGAAAAUAUGGAAAAGGAGAAACUGCAAAUGGAAGAACAGCAAAUGCAGAUGCAACAGCAGCAACCACAAGCACAAACACAGCAACCACAACAGCCACAACAACAGCCACCACAGCAGCAGCCACAGCAACCUCAGCAACAACCACAGCAACAACAGCAGCAACCACAACAACCCACACUACAACACCAGACAUCACUCCCACAGCCGACACCCCAAGUGCAACAGACAACACAGCAACAGGCACAACCAAUACCUGUGGAGCAGCAGCAGCCACAGCAGAGUCAACAAGCACAACAGCAGGCAACACAGCAGCCACAGCAGCAGACUCAGCCACAGCAGCAACAGCAAACUCAGCAACAGACGACUCAGGAUGGCCAGACACAGAAGACUACAGAGUCAAUUAUCUCUGCAGAACAGCAACAAGGGGAUGGGGUUCGAGAAUCUGGGUAUUACACCCUCACAGCUGGAACUGAGGGACAGCAGACCAUUACACAGGAUGGACAGUUUUAUGGUGGAAACUACAGAUAUGGUAGCUACCAGAGCAGUUCCUCCCAGUACCAACCUGUGAGCGCUGCCUACCAGCAGCCCCAGUACCAGCAGGCUCUCAGCACUACUGGUUCAUCUGUCUCACAGGCCUACCUGACCACCACUGCUUACCAGCCAGUUCCACAGCAGCCGCCGCAGCAGCAGCCGCAGCAGCAGCAGCCACCUCAGCAACCAGCACAACAGCCACAACAACCUCCACAACAACAAACACAGCAGCAUCCACCUCCCCAAUCCACUCAACCACAGGUAGAUCAGCAGCAACCACAGCCUCCACCACAGCCACAACCACAACAGCAGCCAGAAUAUUACAGUCAGAUUAGUUCACAGGUUGGGACUGGGAGCCAGGCUCCCUUGAUGACCUCCCAGCACCCCAUGGUUAUACCGCAGUCCCAGGUGCUUUCCUCACAAGGUGUUAUAAUUGGUUCACCACCUGUGGUGAUUGCCUCUCAGCCCAUGGCAGUGCUCAGCCACCCUUUAGUCAUGGCAUCUGUACCCAUGGUAGUUUCUUCUAUUCCCUCUGGUGUGAUGUCUCAGCAGCAUAUUUCUCAGCCAACUGUACCUGUCAUGUCUCAACCCACUGGCCUGACAUCACAGCAGCCGGUGAUGUCCACCCAACAUGUACUUCCUCCUCCAUCUGCUGGACAAGCACUGCAGGCACAGACGGUGUCACAGCCACAGCCGCAGGGAAUGCCCUCCCAAGCUGCUGCUGGCUCUGAGACACAGCCAGUCAUAGCUCAGCCAAUGGUUGUCCCACAGCCAAUGGUUCCUCCUCAACCACUAGUUGCUUCACAGUCAGUGGUUACUUCACAACCACUGGUUGCUUCACAACCACUAGUAGCCUCUCAACCACUUGUUGCUUCACAGUCAAUGGUUACUUCACAACCACUAGUUGCAUCACAGCCACUAGUUGCUUCACAACCCCUUGUUGCAUCUCAACCUUUGGUUGCUUCGCAGCCACUUGCUGCUUCACAGCAGUUGUUAACUUCUCAGCCUGUCGGAAUGCCACAAACCCUUGGGGGAACUCCCCUAGUGGUUUCAGUGCCUCAGGUCACAGCAGUAGUUGCACCCACAGAGCACACUCUGAGCUCUACAGCAGCAAGUGGGGCUAGUGGAUUAAGCCUGCCCAGCAGCUCAGCGCAGCUGGUGCAGCCAACCAGCCUUGUGCCACCUUUGUCAUCGGCUGUGCUUGUCCAGCCAGCAGUGUCAGCAUCAGUGUCUGAGGUGACCUCAUCAAUGCAGCCCAGUGCAAUGCCGGCACAGCCAGAGGAUGUACCCUAUCACUUACCAGUUACAGCCUCUCAGCCUACAGUGAUUACCACGCAGGCUGACUCUACACAAAGGAUAGCAUCUUCUGAACCAAGUGUAACAGUGAUUCAGCAGGGGACAUCAGCAUCACAAGUUGCAGCAUCUGGUUCUAUGCCAGGAGUCCCCGCCUCCCAGCCAGUUGUUCUACAAUGUCAGCCUUCCGUGGUGCCAUCACUGCCAGGAGUUGUGCCUUCAGUAACACCUUUUGGAGCAUCCCAGCCAGCCUCUGCAGUGGCCAGCGAAGCGAGCCAGCUGGAGAGUUCUCCUUCACCACAGAUCCUCGCAGACACCUAUUCACACCUCCUCAAUGACAGCGCCGCCUCCGAGUCGGAGUGCAGCGAGCACCCGGCCGACGGCUCCUCCAGCCGCCACCACAUGGAGCGCAAGAAGAUUCGCAAGAAGAAGACGCUCGACCGCUUCCCCAAGCUGACAGUCCUGAGCGUAACGGAAACCAUGGUCGAGUGUCAGCUAGAAACUAUAAAGCAGAAGACUAUCACCUUCAAGUUUGACAUAACAGAUAAUGACCCUCAAGAUGUAGCCAACAAACUGGUAAUGACUAAUCUCCUACCUGGAAACCAUGCCGAAGUCGUGAUCAAUUACAUAGAGGACAUCAUCAGACAGCUUCAGGCCAACCCCAAUGUUCUCCCAGUUGUGUCCACCCCAGGGCUCGACUCCAGAAGUCAGCAUCAUUCGCAGGAUGGCCACACACGCUCCCCCUCAGCCUCUCGACGCCACAGGGACGAUCCUGAAGCACGGGCUCGCUACCUGGCCAGGAAGCUGAGUCGGUCCUCCCCUAAACGGCGACGACGACACAGCUCACACCGAGAGGAGGGAGGUGGGGACAGUGCCCCAGGAACCCCAAGCAAGCAGGUCGAAGGGAGAGAAUCCUCCCCACAAGUGCAGACAAGCCCUGUGCGGCAGCCACAGCCCACUCCAACACAGCAGGAACAGCAGCAGCAACAGCAAACUCAGCAGACUCCUCAGCAGCAGCAGCAGGCAGUAGUUACUCCAGCCGCAGUGUGUGCUCCACAGCAAUCAGCCACUUCAAUUCAGCCGGCACCACAGCAGCCACAGGCUUUCAGAAAAUCUCGCUUCCUGGUGAGUCCUGUGGUAGAAAGCAAGCAACUACCCGGAGAUGACGUAGUUGGUGGGUCUGUAGGGUCAGUGGGUACUUCUCAGGGCCAGCCUGCCGUGGCUCCCACUCCCUACACUGACGAGUCCCCACAGUCAGAUUCAAUUCCUGCCUCAUCUGCUGCUGCUCAGCUUCUUAACCUGCCAGCCUCCUCUGCCUCUGUUGUUACUCCCACAACACAAGACCAACAGCAGAGCGAUGGUUUGGCGGCUAGUGUCAGUGCCAGCAGCACCUCAGUUGCCCCGGCACCCGUCUCACAGAGUGGGUCGGGCGGCCCAACACCCCCCCAUCAUUGCACGCCUGAGAACACCUACAUGGCUGAGCAUCAGGCCAGACUCUCACAGCAGAAUUCUUUGGAGAAAUAUGACAGUAUAACUUCAAACAGCAAUCUGUCAGAGCUGGCACGGAAGCUGCAGCAGUUAGGUACCUCCGGUGGCUCCUGCCCGCCCCUCUCGCUGCCCCCCGCACACACUGUGCCCCCCUUCUCAGCCCCGUUGUCUGCCCCAAGCCACCCAAGCACUCCCAUUUCUCUUGCGACUCAGCCGGCCUUCAACCAGGAACUGAACAUGCAGCUGGCUGGGGUGCUGAGUUCUGGUGCAGCGCGGCACACUCGAGCCCACUGGUCGCCAUCCAUCAACUACAAAACCUGCCCUGCCUUCUUCCACGUUCUGGCACCAGAGGGUGGUGGUGGUGGUAGUGAGGGCAGCUGUAGUGGUGGCGGUGGUAGCCUGGGCGGGAUGACCAUGACCACUCCGGGCGUCCCAGUCCAGGAGGCUAAUGUUGUGACGCAGCCUCAGGGGCCGCACUACACAAACCGCACAACAGAUAUUCCCCCAUCUGAGGUUGUUCACCAGGUUGCAUGUGAGGUGGAGAGUCUGGAGUGCAAGCACUCCCUCCAGCUGCCUCCAGAUCCACUCCACAUGCAUCCACACCAUGGUGGUGGAGCGGGUGGUGCCCUCACCAUUGUGGUAACUCCCCCCAUACCACAGCUGAGCCAGGGCUUGCUGCCGCAGCCUCAGGUAAUUUAGCUGUUCAUUCAUUUCACGUUGGGUGUGUGUGUCCAGGUGUAGGUGUGGUGCCUCUUAGUUAUUUUGUGUUUUUAUAUUCUUCUUUUUUCUGUCUGGAGUAUUUUGUGGGCAUGCUUUCGUCUGUUGUUUUUUGGGAUCUAGUUGUCUAUGGGCUCUGUUAUUACUUUUGUUUUUCUUUUCAUUUCAGUCUUUCCCCUUUAUUUUAUUGUUUUGUUUUUAGCUGUGUUUAUAUAUAUCUGUAGCUUUAUAUAUUUUUUUAUUUGAACUGAAAGUUGUGGUGUAUAAGUGUUGUUGUGUGCAUAUAUCUUCUCCAAGAUAUCUACCCCACUGGCUGUAAAAGAGUGAUGCACUGUCUUGUACUUUUUGCAGCAGCAUUUUAAUAUUGAUAGUCUGUGUAAUCGUCAAUAAUGAUACUGUAUGGCUCCUUCUUUACAUAGGUGAGGGAGAGCUGAACUUUUUUUCUGUUUUUUGUGCCUUCUGAUUAUGUACAAGAUAAUUUACCAGGUCUUUUGUGCUCCCUUUAUGUG